UUAUAAUAUCACAUUCCAUGAUUUUAGUUUAAAUGAAAACAGAAUAAUUUUGUGAUAGAUAUUUUUUAAGUAAUAUCUAUUUAAUAGACUUAAAAGAUGAGUUUCAGUAAUACUAUGCCGAGAAUAAGAGGUUCAACAACUGUGGCUAAAAAUUCUAAUGCUUUCACAUUUAGAAACCAGAAUAUUCCUCGUAUGCAAUCUCGUUUCAUGUCUCCAAUGCCAACUUUGAGGAAUUCUGGAAUUCCCAAUGGACUGAAAACUCCCAUUAUAUCCAAUCAAGCACUAUUUGGUAUAAACGAGGAUGAAAGUUAUGGAUCUGGCUUUGAAAUGAUGGAUAACGAAUCAUGGGCCGCCGAGGAGUUUUUUGAAACGAAUGAAAACAUUUUAGGAUCCAGAAAAGUUCUGCAAGAAAAACGAAAAAAUGAUUUUCCAUAUCCAACGGAUGUAAUUCGUGAAGGAAAGAGUUUUGUUAAUGAUCCUUACAGCGCCUACAAGAGAAAUCAGCCUGCAAAAUUUGUAAACGAGCAGAUUAAUACAACUCCGUUAAGACAGACGAUUUUAUCCGCAGAAACAGCCAACGGAUUCGGUUACAAAAUAAAUGAAAAAGAAAAGAUUUCCAAUGUUAUUCAGGAAAAUACACCAAAAUGGAGUCCUGCAAUGGUGAAACCUAAACCUACCGUUGGACCUCCAAAACCAUGUCCAAAAUGGAGUCCUACAAUGGUCAAACCUAAAACUGCUGUUGAUAAGGAACCGGACUUUCCGAGGAUUAUAUCUGUGACUGUUGAUAAAUUUUUAUCCAGUCCAAAAACAUUCGGAUGUGAAAAGGUCAUAUUCGAGCUGUUUGGUAUUUUAGAACGUACUUGCGAUAUUCCACAACCAAAGGCAACGAAAAUUCAACUAAAAAGCCAGAAGACCAAGAAUCGAGUUACUUGCACAUUUUAUGCCAUAGAUCGCUCUCUACCAAAACUUUUACCUGGACAAUGGCAUCGAUGUAUAAUACUUGUAAGAAGUAACGGUGAUAAUCAGUGCUUGACAAUUCGAUCCGCCACUGUGAAUGAAUUGAAAUAUUUGGAUAAGUUAGUAGCCACAAGUAGCAAAUCAUUGGCCAUGUUUCUGAAGUCACAAAGUGAAUAGUAGAAUUUGAUGCCUUGAACAUGUAUGCUUAAGCAGUCUGAAGUAUCUGUUCUUCCUAACGUAACCAAUUUCUUGCACAUCAAGAACAUAUACAAUUUUCUUUAUUUUCUUUCUUUAUAUCUGAGUAUUUUGUUUUCCAUUAAUAAAUGUUUACCUUCACU